AUGCGCCAAUUCUCGGUAAUCCUUUGCCUGUGCCUUGCCGUCCUGGCCAGAGCCGACAAGUUGGGCUACAACUACCAGCCGGUGGCCCACUCGGCGUCAGGUCUCAGCUUCCAGCCCUCGGGACUGGCCAGCAACGAUGCUCCAGCCUUUGCCGCAGCUCCCUCCUCUUCGGGAUCCAGUUUGUUUGCCGCUGGUCCCGGAGCCUCCAUUGCUGAAUCCAUUGGUGCUCCCGAGGGUGCCCAGUCUGUGUCUGCUCCCAACUACGCAGCUCCCCAGGCUGAGCUCCAGAAGGAAUUCUACACCUACACCGCCGACGAGGGUGACUUCAACGAUCCCGCUGCCUCUGAGCAGGUCCAAAGCGCUCUGAACAAGGCCCUUCGCGUUGUCUUUAUCAAGGGACCCGAGAACAAGGGACUGGAGAACGCCGCUCUGGCUCUGGCCAAGCAGGCUGCCCAGCAGGAGACCGCCAUCUAUGUCCUCAACAAGCAGGCUGAUAUUGGAGAUCUGGCCGGCAAGCUGAAUGCCAUCCGCAACAACAACAACAACAAGCCCGAGGUGCACUUCGUCAAGUACCGCACCCAGGAGGAUGCUGCCAACGCCCAGCGUGCCAUCCAGGGACAAUACGAUCAGCUGGGAGGAUCCUCCCAGUCGCACGAUGGCGGAGUAGCCUCCUCCCUGAACUUCGCCUCGCAGCCCGCUCCCGCCCAGGUCCAGCACGAGGCCACCGCUCCCAUCUCCUCGUAUGUGCCACCAGCGACUCCUGGCAGCUCUUACCUGCCCGCCAACAUCCUGCGCCGCCUGCGGUUCUAA